AUGGAUUAUUUAUCCCCACCAUCUUUGACUCCUCGAAUACUUCCAUCAGCUCUGCCUCCGUACAAUCUUAAACAUCCAUUGGACUACAUAUCCAAUGUUACUGCUCACGCACAAGUGAGAGUUACCAGUAUUGAGGCCAUACUACUGAAGACUUUGCGUUGGGGUGGACAUGUCUCCAGAAUGGAGGAUCAUUGCCUUCCUAAGAUUCUAUAG